AUGUCUUCAGGUGAUGAAGAGAAACAGAGUCCAGAGAGUCUCAGGAUUGUGCUGAUAGGGAAGACUGGCAGUGGAAAGAGCUCUUCAGGAAACACCAUUCUGGGAAGAAAGGAGUUUAAAGCUGAAUCAAGUCAAAUAUCAGUCACCAGGUUUUGUCAGAAAGCAGAGAGUGACGUGGACGAUCGUCCUGUUGUUGUGGUCGACACUCCUGGUCUGUUUGAUAAUAGUUUGUCCCAUGAUCAGGUUAAUGAGGAGAUGGUGAAAUGUAUCAGUCUUCUGGCUCCAGGACCACAUGUCUUCCUGUUGGUGUUACAGAUUGGACGACUCACAGCAGAGGAGAAGGAGACACUGAAACUCAUCAAGAAAGUCUUUGGGAAGAAUUCAGAGAAGUUCACCAUCAUUCUUUUUACAAGAGGAGAUACGCUGGAACACGAGGAACUGUCCAUUGAAGAAUAUGUUGAAAAGAAAUGUGAUGAUUCCUUUAAGAAGCUGAUCUCUGACUGUGGAGGAAGAUACCAUGUGUUUAACAACUAUGAUCAACACAAUCACACACAAGUCAGUGAGCUGAUCAACAAGAUCAACACCAUGGUGAAGGAAAAUGGAGGCAGCUGCUUCACUAAUGAGAUGCUGCAAGAGGCUGAAGCAGCGAUACAGAAAGAAGUGGAGAGAAUCCUGAAGGAGAAAGAAGAAGAGAUGAAGAGAGAGAGGGAGGAACUAGAGAGAAAACAUGAAGAAGAAAAAGAAGCCAUGAAAAGGAGAUUGGAUGAACAGAGAGAAAAACAACUUAAAGAAAUGGAGGACAAAAUCAACAAGGAGCGUGAGGAGAGAAAGAAAGAACAGGAGAAGAGAGAAGAAGAAGACAGGAGGAGGAAAAAGCAGGAAGAAAAUAAAAGACAGGAGUGGGAGCAAAAACUGCAAGGUUUGGAGGAAAAAAUCAAGACAGAAUCAAAGGAAAAAGAAAAAAUUUACAAAAAGUUGGAGCAGUGGAGCUCUAACAUCAACCAGUGA